AUGCCAUCGCUAGGACAGUCUCGCCCAAACAUCCGUAGUCGGAGCAAUAGCCCGAACAGAGACGUCGUCAGUGCUCCUAUAAAGGUAUUUUUCACUUUGAUUCUCCUUGCUGCGUACUGUUUGAGUGAUUUUGUGGGAGAUAUGAUCGAACGAUCAUUGCAAGAGGACGACAUGCCAAUGACCACAAAAUCAUUCAGAGAAAAUGGUGCCGGGAUGUCUACUGGAGCAGAAGAUUUUGAAAGAAUCAUCAAACAAAAGAACGGCAAUUGGAGUGAAACAGAAAUCGUGACUUACAUGACUGCUCACCCACAACGAAACUAUUUCUCCCAUCUCUUUGCUUAUGGAGGAUUUCGACGAGGAAUUGAAAUUGGGGUACAAGAUGGGCGCUUCUCCGAGGUCUUCAUGCAGCAGAAUUCAAAGCUGAUGAACGACCAAUGGACUUGGGUUCUGGUGGAACCAAACCCUACCAAGUACUUGAAUAGACGCUUAGGUCUGGCUGGCAAGCAAAGCAAGUGGGCUGGACAAGGCUAUUUGGAGAACUGUACGGUGAACCUCCAGAAGACUAUUUCAACCAAUCCUGCAUUACUGGACCAGUACCCCGAUGGCUACUUUGACUUUGUCUACCUCGACGCAUCUCAUACCUACGAUGCUGUAAGAGCCGAGCUUCCUCUUUGGUGGAAGAAGGUUAGAUCCGGUGGGAUCAUCAGUGGACAUGACUACUGCAACUACGGGGAGCCAGGUCAGUCUUGCAAUGGGUGCAAACUAAUUCCUCAAUGCCAAGACUACACCGGAUGGGGUGUGGAAUCAGCAGUAUUCAAAACUGGACGGUCAUCCAACCAAAAUGGAGUUGUCAGGGCAGUACAAGACUGGAUGGUUCAGGAAUCGGGGAAUCCAUUUUUGACUGUACGACACACAAUCGAAGACUUUACGCAAGAAAGUUUAACCAAGGAUGGUUUUGAUUUUGGCAUGGUGCUGCGAAGGGAUCGGAACCCUUCCUGGUAUAUUUAUAAGCCAUAA